UAUUGACUUGUUUUAUACUUUUUUGAUCAGAACACUAAUGUUUUGUAUCUUGUUGUUACCAACGGUUAUCUUUUUAUGAAUGUAUCUAUGGGUAUUUUCCUUUGGUGAGGUGAACAAUUCCGGGUCUAUUUUGUCAGUCGCUAGGGGAUUUCAAGGGUUCCGGGUGUUGUCAGGCACCGUCAACAAGUUUCAGAAAUCAUGGCGGACAGUGUGAAAAGUUUUGAUCAAGGUGAUGUACGGAGAAUUCACAGCCAGAGAAGUUCAGGGCGCCUCCACAAAGGUCAUGGAAUUGCAGCGGCCACAUCUAGCAUUCCAAGCAAAUUCCAGACAAUAGUUUCAGACAAUUCUGACAAGAAGGGCUUUGGAGCCAAAUCAAGAAGGUUCAAUCAUGACGAACACAUGAAUGAUCUACCAGGGCCUGGAUCAUAUGUGAGGCACGGAACACUAGAAAACACAAGUACAUCUCUCUCCAAGAAGGGCACUGGAGGAUUUGCUUCCAAGAGCAAGAGGAAACAGUCCCAUACCGUCCCGGCUGGCCCCGGCCCUGUUUAUGCCCUGCCAUCCUUGCUGAGGACCCAGGGGGACUUUAACAAGGCAGGAUGCACGGGAUCCUUCCACAGACCAAUAGCUGUCAGCACAGAGAAACCAGACUACAAGCCAGCUCCUAAUACAUACACUGUGGUGGAAAGUAACGUAGCUAAAAACUAUGGCCAACCUGUGCAGGCAUCAUUUAAGUCGACAACAAGAAGACCACCCCCACAAGGAAUACAAAUUGUCAAAUCAAAAGUGCCUGCACCAUGGCAUUAUGACAUCAAUGAUCAUCAGGUGAAACAAAGUGUCAAAGUCCCGUUUUCCAGUUUCAAGUCCACAUCAGAUAGAAUGAGGAAAGCUAACCUGAAUGAGAAUCCCGGUCCAGGAGAAUAUCGUCCCUUUGAGGAAGCUGACAAACGAUUAGGACAAAAAUUUCCGAUGAAGCACUAUCUGUGUAUAUCUGCCCCUGCCAUGCCCCUGCCCCACCCCAUGCCUGACCCGGGUCCUGGGGCCUACAACCUGGUCAACUACAAAGGUCCGCAGAAACACUACAUGUCCAGCUCCAUGUUUGUGUCCAACACCAGCCGCUGGACAUUCAAGGGGAAAGAACGAGACCAGCCAGGACCAGCCACCUACCAUCCAGAAGGGACAGGCAAGCAGUCCUUCAUCUACAACACAUAUGGAAGAUGGGUGCCCACUUAGUGACUGAAGCAUACAUGCUUGCAAAGCUCUUUAGAUGCCAUGCAGCUAAGAUAAUGUAUCAACAAAUCCUUUUCCUGAAUAGAAAUUGUUAGACUUGGUGGGAAUGCACUUUUGCAUCAUAGGCUGUAAUACUCAGGUUGGUCCAUCAAAAUGUGUCAUGGUAGAAUGAGUUUUGUACCUUGAUGUACCAUAAUAGAACUAAAUUCUGUCAGGAAUUAGACAUCUGUAUCUAUUAAAAAGUGUGCUGUCUGGUACUGAAAGUGAAGGCACCAUUACCUUGAAUAGAAUUUUUUGAGAAAAACAAAUCCAAAACAGGGUGCCAUACAGCUGAAGUAACCAUGGCAAACAUUCUUUAUUUUGGAGCUGAGCUGCCAUAUAUGUACCAGAACAGGUUUCUUCUGUACAGUACAUCCUUUGCAAAAUACAUCAGCAUGCACAUACUGUACUGUCAUUUAAUUGGACCAGAUUUCAUAAUAACAAAUUUCAAAAGCUGUUGUGCAUACUAGAGUCUAUAUCAUGAAGUAUCUAUUAUUAGGUGUAGAAUAUUUUUGUCAUCCAUGCAUCGUAUGCAUGGUAUUAAAUAUGCCCUGUAUGAGAAGUGUAUAUAUUUUGUACAUAUGUAUAACAGAAGAGAAUAUUGUAAAAACUGUUUGUAAUGUUAUCUGUGAAAUGAAUAAAAAGUGUUCAAAGCCUGUGUCAAAUAGCA